AUGUUCCGAUCGCUUCUCAGUAAUGCCGAAAUCAAACCUAAUUUACUGUUCCGGAAAGCAAAACUGGCUAAAAAAUCAGUAGAAAAAUACAAGGCAAAAAAAAUCGAAAUUCCUGAGUUAAAAGGAGAAGCGCUGUUUGGUCUUCAUUCUGUUUUAGAAGCGAUGCGAUCUGGAAAACGAGAAUUUCAUUCCGUUUAUUUAAAGAAGACACUUGAAAAACGUGCAGAAUCCGAUGAUCGAAUCAAAGAGGUUCUGGAGAAAAUUAAAAAUAUGGGGAUCCGAAAAGAAUUGUUAACAGAUGAUCAACUGGAUAGGCUCACUGAAUAUCAACUACAUAACGGAAUCUGCAUGGAUGCGAGUGCUCUGAAAUUUUCAAGUUUUCAACCAAAGAAUGUUUCAAUUUUCGUUGAUAAAGUUCUUGAUCCUGGAAACCUUGGAGCAAUUGGAAGAAGUGCGUGGUUCUUCGGGGCUGAUGGAGUUGGGCUUGUCAAAGGAAGAGGACCCAAAAGUGUCACUCCUUCAAUGAUCAAGUCCUCAUGUGGAGCUCUCGAACAUCUUCCCGUCCAACAAUUCGAAGGAUUUCACGAGUUUCGAGAUCAAAUCAAAUCCAACGGAGGAGAAAUCGUUGCCACUUGCGAUCCAUUAGCAGCUAAAAAAGCUGGAAUAACAGCGAAAUCAUUAGACCAAUGGAAGCCCCAUAAAACCGUUGGAAUUGUGCUAGGAGACGAGGGAGUAGGAAUUAGUCGAGGGAUUCUGAAUCUCUGUGAUACAGUAAUCUCGAUCGCUCCAGUCGGUGAACAUCAAUCAAAUGUGACGUCAUUGAAUGUUUCUGUUGUAGCAGGUGAAAAAUCCACAAACAAAUGUAAAGAUAGAAGUUCAUUCUGUCGACUGACCAAACAUUUGUGCAAAAGUAAAUCAGACUUUGCGACAAUGAAAGCGAAAUGUGAAGCCACUUGUGGAUUCUGUGGUCUGAAAACUUUUGAAGAUUCCGAGGAAACUAGAAAGCGAAUGGAUCAGUUGGCUAGAGGACAAGAGUGUGAUCUACCAAGAAAAUGUGUUUUCCCAAGAAACAAAAUGCUGAACUCGACUGGAAGUCCCAAGCCAACAACUGUUGUGAUUGACCCAAUAGUUGCAUACAAGUCGAAAAUUAACUGGAAUGCUACUUCGACAGUAGAGUCUACUAGUAUUGCUCCUAAUGUAACCCGAGAUUACAAUUCUACGAAUUUCACGACUUCUGAGACAUCCAAUGUUACAAAAUUCGAUUUGAAAACUAUCCUUGUUUCUGCUGGAACACCAAGCCUCACUUCCACAAUGUCGCUACGAACCGGAAUCCCCAGAAGACAUGAAUCUUCAAAAGAGAAUUUGAAGACGUUUGCUUCAAGAAGAAGAAAUGAAACAACGACGACUUCUAUCACUCUUCCAACAUCGUUCAAUUCCACGACGACCACUAUGAGAAAGUUAAAACUCGAAGAGUUGACGGCUACUAGAGACACCCUACCAAAAAUCACUACUGCCGAGCCAAGUGCUCUCACAACUUCCCUUUCAAAGACAGUAAUCCAAGGAACCUGUUUCGAUGAGUACACCUAUUGCCGAGAAUUCACUUCUCUCUGUUCCCAUCCAGCAUUCUCUGAAGUUAUGGCUUCCCAUUGCUCAUUGACUUGUGACAGAUGUGACGAAGUGGAGAGAGUCGAAGAGGGCUCUGAAGACUGCGAGGACAUGACACCAGACUGCAAUAACUAUCGAGAUCUUUGCCAACACCCUCGAUAUAAGACUUUGAUGGAAAACUACUGUCCAAAAGCAUGUGGACAUUGUAUUCCAAUGUGUAGGGAUCGUCAUCAAAACUGUCCUCAAUUCUUCGACGAUGGAUUCUGCAACGAUACGAUGUACACCCAGGAAGAACGGAAAUAUCUGUGUGGAGCAACUUGUCUAAUGUGCUAA